GGAAAAGAAGAGAGAAAGGGAAAGAAAAAUAAUAAAAUAAAAACAUCAAGAGCUAUUGCUGAAACAUCUCUCUUCUGUUGUAUCCUUAAUUAUAUUCUCCUUUUGUUUCCUCUCCAAAGGUUAGUGAACAAAAUAUUGAAACACAUCUUUUGAAAUCCAUUCUCACUGCUUCAACUCUUUUGGGAUGAAUCAUACUUUUUCACUCCAAACCCAGAUUUGCUUGGAAGCCAUGGCUUUUCCAAAUCCAUCCAUGUCAGAUUCUCCACAGAGAAAGAUGGGAAGGGGGAAGAUUGAGAUCAAGAGGAUUGAAAACACGACGAAUCGCCAAGUGACUUUCUGCAAACGCAGAAACGGCUUACUCAAAAAAGCUUAUGAACUAUCCGUUCUUUGUGAUGCAGAAGUUGCUCUUAUAGUCUUCUCUAGCCGCGGCCGCCUCUACGAAUACGCCAAUAACAGUGUGAAAGCAACAAUUGAAAGGUACAAAAAAGCAUGCUCAGAUUCAUCUGGCACUGGAUCUGCUUCUGAGGUUAAUGCUCAGUUUUACCAACAAGAAGCAGAAAAAUUGCGUGUUCAAAUUAGUAACCUGCAGAAUAACAACAGGCAAAUGAUGGGUGAAUCUUUGGGAUCAAUGAAUGCAAAAGAACUCAAGAAUCUGGAGUCUAAAUUAGAAAAAGGAAUAAGUAGAAUUCGUUCCAAAAAGAAUGAGAUGUUAUUUGCUGAAAUUGAAUACAUGCAGAAGAGGGAGAUAGAUUUGCACAAUAACAACCAACUUCUGAGAGCAAAGAUAGCUGAAAGUGAGAGGAACCACCACCAUAAUAUUAACAUGAGUGUGUUACCUGGAGGCACAACAAACUAUGAAUCCAUGCAAUCUCAGACUCAGCAGCCAUAUGAUUCUCGCGGAUACUUUCAAGUUUCCGGAUUACAAUCCAGUAGUAGUCAGUAUGGACGACAAGACCAAAUGUCCCUUCAAUUAGUUUGACAUGUUUGCGCUCGAGAAGUAUGUAAGAUCGUUGUAGUUUGCUUCCUAGUAUAUGACGACAUGACGAUUAUGAUGAUGAUGAUGAUAGCAGAUGAAUGCUAAGGUUAAUAUAUAUAAGAAAAAUUGAGAAGGGUUUGUAAGUAUCCCCUCAGUAGUAUUCAAUGGCUUUGUAGACAUUUUAAGACUAUAUAUUUUGUAUCUAUUAUGAAUUCAAAUCCUCUCUGAUCAUGUGUCCUAAAGUUAUGGAGAAGAAACCUUCAAAUGUUUGUCAA